AUGAAUCUUUAUGAAUUUACAUCACAACAGCUUAUAGAACACAGUUCCGUGUUCAAUCAUUUAUUAGCAAAUGUCGAUGUGUAUUAUGUAAAACGAAGCACAAAAGCAAUAACUCUGAUCGGCACAAUCGAAGAGCAGAGUUUUAUAAAUAUCCCGAUGAAAUAUGUUUAUGCUGGAACUGGAGAAUUGUACUUUGGAGUUCGGGGAUACACAAUAAGUAAAACACCUUUCUCAUGUGAAGAAUUAAAAAAUUUAGGAGAAUUGCAAAGUCUACUUCAGUGCAAAAUUGAGGACUCGCAAGAAAACAUUUCAUUUUUCAUCAAGGUGAUGGGAAAAGUUCAAAGCAUUUACCACGAACUAACAUCGAGACAUACAUCAAGAAGUGCUUAUUACGAGUUAAAAAUUAGAUCUUCUUCACUUUUUUGUAAUUCUUUACCAGUCAGUAUUAAAAUCAAGUUAUUUUCAAUGGAAACACAAUUGGAUCCAGGAGAACUUCUACAGAUGCCUCAUGUGGAACCGGGAAAAUGCGUUGUUACAGUUUCGUUAAAGUACUUAGACAAAUCAUGGUACUGUUACCACGAUAUACCAAAUAUUGAAGGAAUGUCUGUGUGGACUUUUGAAUCAUAUGACAGUCCUAUGGUGAUGGAAUUAAAUCUAGGACUUCACACAAUUUACAAAGAAGGAACUUUUUGCAUGACGAUUUAUUGUCCUUACUGGAUGAUCAAUAACACAGGAUUGUGUUUAGCUUAUAUGAAAUCCAAACGUACAGAAACACUUGAACUAAAAGGAGUACGUAAGCAAUAUAUGGAGACCCCAAAUGUUUUAUACCAACCUGACGAUUUCAAAGGACCCCUCAUGUUUUCAUUUCAUGCAAAAAAUUUCUUCGACAAGAAAACCGCGCUGGUCAGGGUUGAAACGGGAGAAUGGUCAAUAGAGGUACCUCUGGACACACCUGGUUCUUGGGGUUCUGUAGCAUGUCCUAGUGGCGCAAUGAUUUAUGAGCUUGGUAUAUCAAAUUCUUUGACGUAUAAUAAUUUAACGAAGCAGAUUAUGUUUACUCCACGAUAUCUUUUGGUCAACCAGUCGUCUUACAUGAUUCAAAUCCAAGAAUUUGAAGUUUCCAAUGCUCCUUGGAUAAAAUUAGGACCAAAAUCGGUUUUACCGUUUUGGCCUAAGAGCAAAAAACCACAAAAAUCAAUAUAUAUGAAAUGUGAAAACUUGAAUCAAGUUACUUUACCAGUAACUUAUACAACGCCAGUAACUGUACUUCUUCGCUUGGAUAAUAAGUUUGGUGGAAUCCAAGCUGAAAUUCAAGUUUUGGAUAGUUCUGUAUAUAUUAUGUUACAAAUUUAUAUACCAGGAAUGGCACCAGCACUUGUUAUUAACCAUACUGAAGAACAAGUUGCUGUUAAAGAUAGUAGUGUUACAAAUUAUAGAUACGUUGGACCUUUUCAACACAUGUACUUCACAUGGGAUAAUCCAUCAGGACCGAAAUCCUUCACGUGCUACAUUAAAAAUAAAAGAAUUGUGACCCACGAUUUGAAGCGAGAUGGCAUGGGAUCAGUUAAGAUAAAGGCAAGGCAGUUUGUGUAUUGGUCGUCAUUUCUCUACGAUAUGCAAAGAGUUAUUCUUAUAACGAGUACGAAAAAUUUUGCUGAAAAUUCUUUGAUAACCAGGCAAGAUUUAAUAAUGGACCAAAUUGCUGUGUCAAUUUAUGGAGUUGGACUUUCGGUUGUUAAUAACCAAAAAUUACUUGAUAUCAUGUAUAUGUGCUUUGCGAGUUCUGGUAUUUUGUGGGAAACAUGUAAACUAAAAUCAAAAAGAUUCAAACCUAUGCAUUUAGAAGACAUGGUGAGCAUAGAAGAAGCUUAUGUAAAAUAUCUAUCUACAAUCGAUAUACCUGCAAAAUAUCCAAAUGCCAAAGUUGAAAUCAGACCUAAUUUAGAGGUAUUAUAA